AAGACUUGUGAAUUAUUUACUUCCUCCAAAUCAUAUCGAUUCAAUUCGAUUCUUGAAAGUUAGGGUUUGUCGAGAGAGAGAAGAGAGAAGCCUGCGAAGAUGAUAGAGGUGGUGCUCAACGAUCGCCUCGGCAAGAAGGUUCGUGUUAAGUGCAACGACGACGAUACCAUCGGUGACCUCAAGAAGCUCGUCGCCGCUCAGACCGGCACCCGUGCCGACAAGAUCCGUAUCCAGAAGUGGUAUAACAUCUACAAGGACCACAUCACCCUUAAGGACUACGAGAUCCACGACGGCAUGGGCCUCGAGCUCUACUACAAUUGACCUCAAAUCCCUCCUCCACUCUUGUGGCUAUGGAUGGGCUUGGCUGCAGACUUUGAGAAAGGAUUCUGUGCAACAUUUGUUAGCUAUUUGAAAAAUGGAUUUCGUGUGUUUUCAAUUUCUACAGGAGUCCCUGUUGCUAUUUAUGGUUCAACUUGCCACUUGCUGUAUUCUACAUUAUUACCUACAUAAGAUACCCUGGUAGUAUUGUUUUAAUUUAAGAUGUAAAAUGAUGACAUAAUACUUUUAGUUGCGAUCUGCUUGCAUGCGGUGAUGGUUGUGUUUGGCAUGUAUGAACCUAGCUUAUGUAUUUUGAGUUUGUUUAGGUUGGGUCAGGUAAUCCUUUAUAACUUUAGUUGGGUGUACUUUCCUUUUUAUUGAAAAUUAGAAACUUUUCUUCU